UUCACACUUAGCGGUCAUAAAAGUAGAGGAAAUUCAAUGGACAUUGUUUAAUUUCAUCUCUUGGGAGAAAAAAAAAAUGGCGGGAAGCAUUAUGCACUGUACAUUGAACCAUCUCCAACUUUUUGGCGAAGAAUCGUCCAUGUUAGAAUUCAAACCCUAGCUAGGAUUCUUAUUUUCUGGGUGUAAAUAUGUACAAAAGACAACCUCACCGAUUAUAGAUUUAUUUUGAUCAUAAUCAUCUAUGUGGUGAUCAUGGGUAAUUAUUCCAAGUACUUCAUAGCCAUGUUCUAUGUAUUCAUAAGGAUGAUGAUACUGUUAUUAGAGCCAAAGAAGAACCAAAUGGUGAAUGCAGCGGAUAUGAACAAUACAACUGUCGCGGUGCUUCAUUUUUGUGCUACAGGUUCAACUCCUCUUCACGAACCCUAUAAUGAUAUCCGGAAAUUCAUCUGUUCAUCGCUUGAUUGGCACGGCUACAGUAUCGCUCUCCGGAAAGAUGAACAUGAUGUUGUUACAAUAGUACUAUCGGGUAUGUAUGAAAUGAACUGGAUUGGAGUUGGAGUAUCGCGAGAUGGGAAAAUGGAGGGUGCGAGUGCUGUGGUGGGAUGGCUGCGAGGCAAAGACAGCAACUCCAGCGUUAUAAAGCAGUACUUUUUGCAGGGUCCGUCGAGUGAUCAAUUCAUUCCAGAUAAAGGUGAUCUGGAAUUCGGUAAAGCUGCUCCUACAAUGCUUCUUCAAGACACAACCAUUUACCUGGCAUUUCAACUUCAAUUUGCAAACGGUAUUACUCGUCAACCUUUUAUAUUUGCUGCUGGAAUAGGAAAGCCUGGUGACAACAACAUCCUACCAAAGCACGCCUUUAAUACCUCCAUGACAGUUGAUUUCUCUAAAGGUACUUUCACUCUUGGUUAUGUAGACAUCAGCAAAGUGAAGCUGAACCAUGGAAUUCUGGCUAUAGUUGGAUGGGGCAUAUUCAUUCCAUUAGGAGUAGCAUUGGCCAGGUACCUUAGGGAUCUUGAACCUUUGUGGUACUAUCUUCAUUCAUCAGUUCAGUUUGUGGGAUUCUUUGUUGGCCUUGCUGCUGUGGCUGUUGGGAAGUCAUUAUACGAUCGUAUAGAUGCCGACUUUUUAUACCACAGAGCCAUCGGCUACACCGUGCUUUCUCUUAGUGUUCUUGAGGUGUGCCAAUUCGUCAUGAGGCCGUCGAGUAGUUCCAAUGUUCGGCACUACUGGAAUCUGGCUCAUUAUUGGGUGGGGAGAAUUACAAUCUUGCUCGGACCCGUCAACAUUCUCAUUGGACUCUAUUGUGGAAAUGGAGGUGAAAAGUUAAAGAUUACAUAUUUAUGUGUUCUUGUUUUCUUUGUUGUGGCUGCACUCCUCUUAGAAAUACGGCUGCUGAUGAAGAGGAAAAGAGAAGCAACUACCAAUUUGACCAAGACUCCUGUUUUUCAAGUUGAUUAACCUGAUUAGGGUGAAUGUGAAUUGGUUAGAAACAA